AUGCAGUCGCCAGCUGAUGUUCGUACGCCUAUCGAUAACCGAUAAGCCAUCGCUGCCAGCAGAUAUUUUUUUGGGCCAAGUGCAAAAUACGUGUAAUAUUUACAAUUAGCAAAACGAAACCAAUCUAGUCGAGCCGAAAUCUAAAUGGAGACACCCAUGGCCGAUGACCUGUUGCAGUUCCGCGACUACAGCGGCGGUGCCCCGGCCCAAAUCAAUGUCAAUUCCCCUACGCACGGCGGAUCGGGUGGUUCUGGUGGUGGCUCUGCUGGUUCCGGCGGCUCCGUUGGCGGUGGUGGUGCCAACGCACAGCGUCAACGCGGCGAUCCGCUGGCGGAUCUCAUCUAUGACAUGACCUCCUCGGCCCAGGGAUUCUCCGGAGCUGCAUCCUCGGGCGGCUCCCAGCCGCAGAACUCAUCGCUGGACGGAUCCGCCGGCGGUGGAGGCGGUGGUGCGAAACUAUCACUGUUUACGAUCGAGUACUACCAGCAGUUCUUCAACGUGGACACCUAUAUGGUGCUCGAGCGAAUCGCCAACUCCAUGAUACCCAAACGGGCCUCUGGCAACUAUCUGCGCAUGAACAUCGGCGAGAAUCCGGAUCUAUAUGGACCCUUCUGGAUAACCGUCACCCUGAUCUUUUCCAUAGCAAUAAGUGGUAAUAUUGCCAGCUAUUUGCAGCAAGCCACUGAUGCGUACAAAUGGCACUACAACUUCCAUCUGGUCUCCUAUGCGGCUACGUCCAUCUUCUUGUAUGCCAAUAUCUUGCCAGCCGUUCUGUGGGCCCUCUUCAAGUACAGCCUGAAGCCUGUGGACUCCGCUGAUGCCGUGGAAACGGACAGCGCCAGCUACAUGCCGAGCCUCUUGUCGCUGAUGUGCAUCUAUGGAUACAGUUUGGCCAUUUAUAUACCAGUCUCCAUUCUCUGGGUGAUCAAUAUCUCUCUGCUGCAGUGGCUCCUGGUGAUCACCGCCGCCUUGCUUUCGGGCACGGUUUUGAUUGCGGUGCUAACGCCAGCGCUGCGCAACUCGCAAUUCUCGCUGUUCCUCAUCGUUGGAAUCCUGAGUGCACAUGUGGUGCUGGCCGCCGGAUUUCUGCUCUAUUUCUUUCACAAUCCCACAGUCCCGUCGCUGGAUCCAGUUGCUCCGACACCAGCUGCACCUGCUGCUCCGGCUGCUCUGAAAGCCGUGACGCAGGCGGUUGUCAACGCAGUGCCCGGCAAUCAGACCCACUAGGAUGCAUUCCGCGAGAAACCAGUUCGUCAACGUCGCUGAACUAAGCUGUAAAUUAAGUUGUCCCUAUUUUUAUAUUCGCUAGAGAGCUGAUCACGUUGGUUCCAGCUUCGUGGUUUGUAUUCACUUUCAAUAACUUUUUCGCGACUGUAUAUUCAUAUUAUCUUAAAGGUAGAUGUACGUGUAAUACCAAAAAAAAAAAGAAAACAUAAAUAUAACAAAAAUAUCAACACAGAAACAAAAGAAUCGCUAGAACUUUUCGCUGGAGUAGUAGAAAAUUAAAUAAAUUUUUCGAAAUAUUUAGGAAAGACAGAAGAAUAUGUUAAUCAUGCCAUCAUUAAAAGAAAAAGUGUAAAUAUAAUCG